AUGGUUCUGAGCACUGAGUGGUCCCAGGUGGAGAUCAUCGAUCUCAUCAAUGACGGCAAUGGGCUCGGUUUCAUGCUGGUCGGAGGGCGCAGUACCGGGGUGGUCAUAAAGGCGUUGAUUCCCGGAUCGGUGGCGGAGCGCGAUGGUCGGCUGCAGAGUGGCGACCACGUGCUCCAGAUUGGGGAUGUCAAUCUGCGAGGAUUCAGUUCCGAACAGGUGGCUACAGUGCUACGACAAUCCGGCCAGCAGGUACGGCUUAUCGUGGCCCGCCCGGUGGAACCCACCUCGCCGGAUUAUCAGGCGCUGGCCAGCCACGCCCCGAUCAUCCCCACCAAGAUGCUAACUGAUCCCGAGGAGCUCGACCGGACACUGCUGCAAACCGCCGGGUACACGUCCGGAGUGUUCCUGCACUCACCGGUGGACGAGGCGGACGAGCUUUGCCAGACCCACAUCGAAGUGGUUGCUGUGAACAAUACAAUAAAUAUCGAUAAUAGUAGCCUAGCUUUAAUAUCUCCUUCGUCUAUUACGAUUCCGCAAGAUUAUAUCGAUCUUCCAGAGACGCCAGAGACGGAGACCUAUGAGGUGGAGUUGAGGAAAAAUGUCUACGGUCUGGGUAUAACGGUGGCCGGGUAUGUUUGUGAGGAGGAAGACCUUUCGGGGAUCUUCGUGAAGAGUAUUAUCGAGGGAAGCGCGGCAGAGAUGAGUGGAAUGAUUCAAAUCAAUGACCGCAUAGUUGCCGUUGACGGAAAGUCUCUCAACGGGGUAACGAAUCAUCAAGCGGUGGAAGUGCUGAGAAAUACCGAUAUCGCUGUGAGGUUGACCUUGGAACGGUUCUUGCGGGGAAGAAAGUAUGAACAUCUGCAGGUGGCGUUGAUUGAUACGAGUUCAGUUAGUGCGCAGCCUCCCAGUAAUCCACAGCUAUCGCAUUGUCAUCAAAGGUGUUCUAUGGUGCAGUCACCUUCGGUGACAACCUUGUCCAUCUGUGCGGCCAAAUCGGAUGCGGAUUCGAUGGUGACGGAGUGCGGGGAUUGUGGGAUCGAGCCGGAGAUGGAAUCGGCGACUACGUAUGAUUCCAAUGUGUUUUUGCUGGAGAAUGGUGAUUGUAGUGAGAAUGGAUUGUACGAAAAUGGAGCGGUGAUUGCCGCGAUGGCUGCAUCUGCAGCGGCCACUCCGGCGCGAGAAAACUAUGACUUAGCGCUGGAUCUUCGCGGCAACGAUUGCCGAAGUGCGUCGGCAAUGGCAACACCCAUCGUGGAGGUCGACCCAAUUGUGGGAAUGUGGCAGAGGGAUAUUCCAAGCAGUCAAGUUAUAUUCGCCGACAUACAGAAACUGUCUGGAUUGGGUAUAAGUCUGGAGGGUACCGUUGAAGUUGAGGGGGGAGUCGAGGUGCGGCCGCAUCAUUAUAUCCGAUCGAUUCUGGAAGAUGGUCCUGUGGGGCGCGAUGGAACGCUGAAGCCCGGUGAUGAGUUACUUCAGGUGAACGAGCACCGCCUGCAAGGGUUAAAACAUAUCGAAGUGGUGAAGAUUCUUAAAGAGUUACCUUCGAAGGUGAGGGUUAUAUGUGCGCGUGGGUCUUCAGCUCCAACUGUGAUCAACACUUCGCAGAAUGCCGAAGCUUUCGAGGCACGAAGUAUUCUCGCGGGAGGACUCCAAAGUCUGCAAAGCUUGCAGGGCAUUCUGACGAAGGCACAAUCUGAGAGUUCACUGUACACAUCUAGCACGGCAACGCUGACGGAUCAGCAGCGUUCGAAGUCAGUAGAACAAGUAUCCGGGCUAGCGUUGUGGACCAAUGAGGUUAUUUUUUGUGACAUCGAGAAAACCGAACGUGGUUUCGGCUUUUCGAUUCUCGACUAUCAGGAUCCGCUGGACACCGACGGGACAGUGAUUGUAGUGCGUGGAUUAAUCCCCGGCGGUUCGGCGGAAGCCACCGGCUUCAUUUUUCCCGGCGAUCGGCUCGUUUCGGUGAACGAGCACAGUCUUCAGGGCGCCACGCUCGAUCAGGCGGUGAGUAUAUUGAAGGGAAUUCCCGUUGGCACGGCCAGAAUCGGACUUUGCCGGCCGCUGUCCACCUCGGAUAACAAUCUAUCGUCCACGCCUGAAACUCCCACCACUUAACUAAACAUAAUUGAUCUGUUUUUCGAGCUUGACAUAUGAUAGUCACUGACAACAAGUCUCGGUACGUUCACUAAAAGCAGAUCAGUUCAGUUCGCCGGUAGUUCAGCGUUCGUCUUGAGUAGAGCAUAGUAUCAUACCAACAAGAUAAGUUAUGUUCAGUUCGUAGAUGGCAAAAGUGGGAUAAAUUACUGCGCGUUUUAUUUUCAACGGCAGCGAGA